UGUGAAUAUUUUCCAGCCCACGCCAAUGUUCCUUUGUACUAGUUUUGGAUCUGAGGUCAUAUAACUGUGCAGAAAUGUUUUCAACAAUGCUUCAUGCUUAGGUCCAAAAAAUAUGUGAUCGAUCAUUUUAUCUUUGAAUUUUUUUCAUAUACACAUUGAAAGAACAGUGUCUCUAACAAGUGCCAUGUGCAAUGCUACAUGUGGUGCUGUGGUUUGGAGGUGCCAUGAUGUGAUCUAGAUCAGGUUCUGCUGGGGCCAAGUGUUUGGCACUUGCCGGAGCUUGGCCUGCACGUCUCGCCUACACGCGUCGUGAUGGGUUUGCUGGGGAAAUGGCACGAGGACCCCAUGGGGUUCUAUAUCCAGAAGCACAUUUCAGAGAUGGAUGGUGAUCAAGUGUUCUGCUGGGGCCAAGUGUUUGGCACUUGCCGAGCUGGGGUUGGAUGCCUUGCCUGUACAGCUAGCCGUGGUGAUCGGUUUUCUGGGGAAAUGGCACGAGGACCCCAUGGGGCUCUCUCACCGAACAACAUUCCAGAUAUGGAUGGUGCUUGAAAAUCUCAUCAAAAUCAUUCAUCACAUUGUCUGUAGCUAGUUGCAACAACACUGCAUGGAGAGCACUCAAGGGUCAAGGCCCUGUCCCCUGCCCACCGCUCUUGCUGAUAGCUACACACAACCCACUGCCAUGAGCCCUUCUCUUCCUUCUACUAUAAAACCAUGGCCUGCUCAACACAAACUUCUUCAUCUCAUCUACAAAGCAACAUCACAAUCUACACCACACCUUUAGACUUUCAGAGCCAAACUGAAAUUUAGCCAUCCAAGAACAUAUCAGACUCAACCAUGAUCCACCCAAAUAAGCUUGCUCAGCUAGCCAAGAAGUUCCAGCGGAUUUUAGCUGCCGGAGCCGGAGCCGGUGCCCUCCGCCGGCAGCAUGCCUCAAACACGGACACGGCCGACGACAAAUGCUGCAGCACAACACCGUCUAUGAUUGCUGAUGAGGGCCACUGUGUGGUGUACGCCGCCGACGGAGAACGGUUUGAGGUCCCUUUGGCGUACCUAGGGACGACGGUCUUCGCCGAGCUCCUGAGGAUGUCCAAGGAGGAGUUUGGCUUCACCAGCGGCAGCGAUGGAGGCAGGAUCACGCUGCCCUGCGAUGCCAUGGUGAUGGAGUACGUCUUGUGCCUUGUCAGGAGAGAGGCCUCUGAGGAGGUUGAGAGGGCCUUCUUGAGCUCUAUCGCUGAGCAUUGCCACAACUACAGUGCUAGUUGUGUGGCGCCAUCGAUGGGACUCAGCCAUCAGUUUGCUCUUUGUACUUAGCUACUAGCUUGUCUGGUGAUUAUUUUUGUUAGAACCUGAAGAUCCCUGUACAGUCUGAUUUCGCCGUAUAGAGUACUGAAGAAAGUUUAUCGGUAUGAUAUGUGGGGGAAGGAAACAGGAGAGGAUGUGCCUGACCAGAAGGUGGCAGAACAUGGUGAUGGCGCAGCGAAGGGAAUGCGGAAGGAGGAUUGGAUGAAUGAUCAGCAUACUGUACCUAGAACUGUCGGAACUGAAUCGUGUGUCCCAGAUGGAGGUGGGUUGAGCUGGUUAGAGGUUCUUGAGGUAGGAACUGCAGUCUGUUGCCUGGAAGAUGAACGCUUCAAGCGCCUGCCAUUGGAAGUGUGUGCUUCUGGGUACCAUUUCAAUUGUGCCGGAGACUACUUGCGUGAGCUGGGUGGCCUCUCGUCAGCUCGCCACACUCCAAGUGAAAAUGCAGGCCGGAAUAUGCCCUAACUGCCUUUUGUGGUACAUCAGUUCAGUUUGGGAAGAAACUCAACAAUUUCUGAAGAAAGUAGGAUAUCACACAUCUACCUGAUAUUUGCUUUCGAUCUUCUGUUUUGUAGACAAUACCCAGAAAUCAAAUAAAUCCUAUUGUUGAACAUAUUGUAGUACGGUAACUUCCUUGGACUAUUUUCUUCUGAAAAGGGUAUGUAUUUGUUGUUCUUGUAUACAGAUUCAGUACACUUUUUGGAAGAUAAGUGCAACAGAAAAUUAUAUUUUUUUUUAAAUUUAUUUAGCAUACAAUAUAAUCACAUCUUUGAUUCUCUUAAUGGUAGUGCUGCUUGUUAGGCGUUAGCUUUUAUACUCUGAAUCCCGAGGUUAAAGUAAAUUGCUUUCUUGCGCCCUAUGUCCUAAUGAUAUAUGGUUGUAGACUUGUAGUUAAUGGUAGUUUGUAGGAUGCAAUAAGCUGGUAUGCUAAUAUGUAAUUUCCAUUCUGCGGUGUUGAACUAUUUUACAUCAUGGAAAAACAUGCAAAAUUGAGGGAAAAGCUUGGCAUAUAUUCAGGAGCUACAAACUGCAAGCUGCUGGUGCAGUGACACCGUACUAUACUUGGAUUUGGCAAGGCAUCACUAUAGAGCUCAGGAACGGCCUCUCUACUUCCUCUGAUGCAUUUGUUCUGAGCAAGCACAUGGCAUACUCCAUGACCACUGCAUCGAAGGGCAGUGUGAUCCUGCCAUCGCAUGUAAGCCCAAACUCCUCCUGGGGCAUCCUUAGCAGCUCGCCGAAGAUCGUCUUGUUGAGCCUGCUUUGUUGUCGCUGGAUAUUGUCCUGACCCUUUGCCACUUCCUCACCAACUGAGAAAAUCUUUUAGGAUGGAUCAUGGUCAUGUCUGUGUGUUCUUGGUUCUGAGGAGGGGACAAGGCCAUGAGCUCGGUGCGUGAAACGGUGGCUCCCAAAGGAGGGAGGCAAUGAGAUUCAGAUUUCAUUCUGCUGGCCAUGGUUCUGAGGGGACAAGGCCAUGAGCUCGAUGCGUGCAAUGGUGGCUCCUGAAGGAGGCAGUGUAAUCGUUUGAUUCUGCUGGGCCAUGGCACUAUGGAGGCACGGAUAGUGGACUAGUGUCUGGGUGAUAAGAUGCAUACAACAGUCUUCGCUGCUGAAUUGGGCAGAGGCAUUGUGGGGCCAUCCGGGGUCCAGCGUUUAUGGCGGCGUUUCAUUCAAUUCAGCCUCCUGUAUCAAGAGAUUUGAAGUUCAUGCUUUUGCAGCAACUGUGUGAUUGCAAUUAGAUCUGGCAAGUUGCUGGGAAGUUCCAUAUCUCAUUGUCCACCCAUGGUCUGCAUGGUCGCUAGCAUAGCGUGUGCCGAUCAUUUCCUGGUAUCUUCCUUGCAUUUAGCUGGGCAGUUGAGUGUUCCGGGCCACACCCUUGAAUCUAUCCAAUGACUUGUCAUUAAUUCCGCUUUGGCAUUUCUUUUCGUUGGAAGAACAUUGUCUCUUACUAUUGCCCAUCUUCUAACAAAGAUCAAAAUACUUCACAUAAACUAAUUGCC